AUGACACUUGCCCAAGAAGGCAUCCUAAAAACAACCCGAAGAGCCAUCAUGACGAGCAGUCGCAACAUGGCCGUCAUGACCACCAUCGGUGUCGUAGGCGGCACAGUCCUCUUCUUCGACUAUCUCAAGGGAGGACAACCAGUCGCAAAACCGGAGGAACAUCUUGCGUAUAAUGGACGGAUUGCGGAUCCCAGUGGGCAGACGGAUCAGGGUACGGCCAAGGCGGGGAGGGUUAGGUUGAAGAGUUAUAAUGAGCGAUGA